UAUUUUUUCUCCAAUGUAUAUGUCUUUCGGAGAUUCUUAUGUAGGAGACGAUCCUAGCCUGUGACCAAGCGGUCCAGCGAGAGAGGUGGCGAAUCGGCGAUGGAAGGCGAUGACGUGGAGAUGGCUGCGCCGGAAAGCGGAGCUGUCGUGGAAUUGGAUGAAAUGAAGAAGAGAUUGAAGGAGAUGGAAGACGAAGCGGCGGCUCUCCGCGAAAUGCAGGCCAAAGUUGAGAAAGAAAUGGGCGCCGUUCAAGACCCUGCUGCUGAUGCUGCAAACCAGGCUAAUAGGGAGGAAGUGGAUUCUCGGUCUGUCUUUGUUGGCAAUGUGGAUUAUGCGUGCACUCCUGAGGAAGUACAGCAGCAUUUUCAGGCAUGUGGGAUGGUAAAUAGAGUUACGAUUCGGACUAACAAGUUUGGGCAACCGAAGGGGUAUGCAUAUGUUGAAUUUCUUGAACCUGAAGCUGUUCAGGAGGCUCUUCUUCUCAAUGAAUCUGAGCUCCAUGGCCGCCAACUUAAGGUAUCAGCAAAGCGAACUAAUAUACCUGGCAUGAAGCAGUUCCGGCCAAGGCGUCCCAAUCCUUAUAUGGGCUUCCGGGGGAGGACACCAUAUGCAGCCCCGUUUUUCUAUCCUCCUUAUGGCUAUGGGAAGGUGCCUAGGUUCAGAACACCGAUGCGAUACAACCCCUAUUUCUGAGGCUCAAAUUCUGCAGAUACAAAUGUAUGCUUCAAAUGACCGAUCAAGCACACACCCCCACCCCUGAAAGUCCCUCCUGAGGGUGUUUAUUCUUACAUUGAGCUUUCAUGGGGCUUGGCUAAUGCUGUAAUGUGACUGACAGUCUUCAUUCAACAUUUUGUUUGGGUUGCAUCUUCAAGAAAAAACCAUUCCUUGCUCUUCUA